ACAGAGACACAGAGAAAUAGAGACUCGAAGAAGAAGAAGAAGAUGGGUAAAGGAGGAAUGUCUCAUGGUGUUGAUGAUGGGGAAGUGAACAUGGCUGCUUGGCUUCUCGGUGUCAAUAAUCUCAAAAUUCAACCAUUCAAGCUUCCUCCUGUUGGUCCUCAUGACGUUAGAGUUCGGAUGAAAGCAGUGGGUAUCUGCGGGAGUGAUGUUCACUACCUGAAGACCAUGAGAUGUGCGGAUUUCAUUGUUAAAGAGCCCAUGGUAAUUGGGCAUGAGUCUGCUGGGAUCAUAGAAGAAGUUGGAUCAGAUGUGAAUCAUCUUGUUGUCGGUGACCAGGUUGCUCUGGAGCCUGGGAUCAGCUGCUGGCACUGCAAUCUCUGCAAAGAGGGCCGCUACAAUCUAUGCCCUGGCAUGAAGUUUUUCGCUACUCCUCCAGUUCAUGGUUCCCUAGCCAAUCAGAUUGUGCAUCCUGCAGACCUAUGUUUUAAGCUGCCUGACAAUGUAAGCUUAGAAGAAGGGGCAAUGUGUGAACCCCUCAGCGUUGGUGUCCAUGCUUGUCGCCGUGCUAACAUUGGCCCUGAGACGAAUGUGUUGAUCAUGGGAGCAGGUCCCAUUGGGCUUGUUACAAUGUUAGCUGCUCGAGCUUUUGGAGCCCCUAGGAUUGUCAUUGUGGAUGUUGACGAUAACCGUUUAUCUGUUGCAAAAAAGCUUUGUGCAGAUGAAAUUGUUAAAGUUUCAACUAACAUUCAGGAUACUGCUGAAGAAGUGGUUCAAAUAAACAAGGCUAUGGGAGCUGGAGUAGAUGUGACUUUUGACUGUGCAGGUUUUAACAAAACUAUGUCUACAGCUCUGAGUGUUACCCAUGCAGGUGGUAAGGUGUGCCUUGUGGGAAUGGGCCAUAGUGAGAUGACUGUUCCUCUUACACCAGCAGCUGCAAGAGAGGUCGACAUCAUUGGCAUCUUCCGCUAUAAGAACACUUGGCCUCUUUGUCUUGAAUUUCUGAGGAGUGGAAAGAUUGAUGUGAAGCCCCUUAUAACCCACAGGUUUGGGUUUUCACAGGAAGAGGUAGAAGAAGCCUUUGAAACCAGUGCUCGUGGAGGUAAUGCCAUCAAGGUGAUGUUUAAUCUGUAGAUGAAAAGCGCCACCUUCAUGACUCCUGUAUUGGGUUGGAUCUGUUUGUAACUACUUUUGUUGGAGCUACUUUCGUGAAUAUUAAGAAAUAAAAACAUAGUGUAAUUAAUAUAGUUUUAUAUACUUCUUUGGCUUCUGCACACAGUUUAUGAUCCAUUUUAUCGUAUUUGGAUGGGCAACUUCUCAUUAUUAGUAUCAUAGCAUUUCUUGCCUCUGUAGAGGCUCUGGCUAGAGUGAAAACAAGUAAUGCAAAAAUUCACUUUAUCCCUGGAUCUUUGAACUUAUUACAGUA